GCAGAAUUGGCAGUUGAUCAAAUAUUUGGGUCAAAACAUGCUUUGCUUCAGAAAACAAUUCAGUUUUUUAUCUCUAUCACUAUUGAUCAUUGCCCUCUUUCCUUCUUUUCGGUAUUUCCCGCUGGCGCAAGCGAUUGGAUCCCUCAACUUCGGUUCUGAUCUCCAACGCACCGACUUUGAUGAUUCAGGACCCCAAUUGUCAUUCAGAAAGUCAUCCCAUUUCCACAAUUCCAGAGAAUGUAAUUCCCAAUACCAAAAAAUUCCCAGCAGAGUGAUGGUAUGUGACCCUUCUUUGAUUCACAUUGCAAUCACCCUUGAUACUGCCUACCUUCGCGGAUCGAUGGCAGCUGUGCAUUCAAUCCUGCAGCACUCCCAGUGCCCAGAAAACAUUUUUUUUCAUUUUCUCAUUAGCGAGAAGAAGCUCGAGUCACUCGUGCCGUCAAUCUUUCCACUGCUGAAGUUUAAGGCCUACUAUUUUGAUCCCAAGGUAGUGAAGAACUUGAUAUCGAGCUCGGUGAGGGAAGCCCUUGAACAGCCUUUGAACUAUGCAAGAAACUACUUAGCUGAUCUUCUCGAGCCGUGCAUUCAUCGAGUCAUAUACUUCGAUUCAGACCUCAUUGUCAUCGAUGAUGUCUCAAAGCUAUGGAGUACAAGUUUGGGGUCUAGGACAAUUGGAGCGCCGGAAUAUUGCCAUGCCAACUUCACCAAGUAUUUCACAAGUAGUUUUUGGUCACAAGAGAGAUUUGCUAGGACUUUCGAUGGCCGGAACCCGUGCUACUUCAAUACAGGUGUGAUGGUGAUUGAUCUAAGGAAGUGGAGGAGAUUUGGGUGCACAAGGAAGAUUGAGAAGUGGAUGGAGACUCAGAGGGGUCAAAGAAUCUACGAGCUUGGAUCGCUGCCCCCAUUUCUGCUGGUGUUUGCAGGGAAUGUGGCAGCGAUCGAGCACCGGUGGAACCAGCAUGGGCUGGGAGGUGAUAAUGUGAAGGGCAGCUGCCGUGGGCUGCACCCAGGUCCGGUGAGCCUCCUGCACUGGAGUGGCAGUGGCAAGCCAUGGCUCAGGCUGGACUCAAACCAGGCUUGCCCACUUGAUGCACUCUGGGCUCCUUAUGACUUGUACAAACAUUCAUGAGUCAUGAUCAUAUUUACUGCUUAUUGUUUUCAUGAAUUUGAUCAUAUUAUACACAAUUCAAAGAAUGAUUUGAGGACUUUGAAAUAUUCAAAAGCCCAUUCUACCAAAUGGGGUUGGUGUGGGAGUUGGAUCAAUGGAUGGAGUUGGCCAUUGACACCCCAAUUGUUGUUUUUUCAACCUAAUAAUCAAUAAAAAAGUCCCCAUUUAUUUUUGUUUUAA